AUGGGCGGCAGUGAUGCACGUCUCACCGACGAGCUCGAACUCGAAGCGCCACCGCUGACGCCGGCCGAGACCAGCAAGAUGCUUACCGACGCGGAGCCAAGAAAAAAAUCAAAAAAGACAUCGACGUACCGACCGGACAUUGACGGUCUCCGCGCCGUCGCCGUCGUGCCCGUCGUCGUCUUCCACGCCUAUCCCUCUGUGUUUUCCGGUGGAUUCGUCGGCGUUGACGCCUUCUUUAUCAUCUCUGGCUUUUUCAUUUCGAGAAUCCUCUUUCCCGCGCUGCUGCUCGUGCUUGCAACGACCCUCGGCCUUGGCUGCCAUUUCUUUCUUACGCGCAAGCUCCAGGCGCUGACCGCGACGCAAGCUCGCUUUCUGGCGCCAAUUUGCAGAUCCUCGCGACUGUACUUUGAUCGGGACACCACGACCAACCCGCUACUGCAUCUCUGGUCGCUCGGCGUCGAAGAGCAGUUCUACCUCUUCUUGCCCUUCGUGGCGGCGAUGGCCAUGAAGCUGCGCCCGAAUCGCAGCAUCCUUCUCCAACUCACUGUCCUCGCCAUCAGCUUUACCCUCAAUCUCGCGCUUCUCGGGGUUGGCGGCAACAACAAAAUGUCAUUCUACCUCCCGUUCCCGCGGUUUUGGCAGAUGGCGCUCGGUGGUCUUCACGCCUACUACGCCCACCAGACGCCGUCCACACAACAUACCAACGACGAUGACGACGAUCCGAAUGACGACGACACGGAGGCUUUCGGACGAUCCCGCUUGUGUUCACUGCUCAAGCCCCGCUUUGGGCACUUGGCGGCGAAGAGCGCGACGUCGUUUCCCACGAUCGUCUUCCAGAUGCGGUGGAGCCGAGCGUUCUUGCCGUGCCGACCCAAGUUCCAAGGCUACCUCGCGAUGGUGAAGGCAUCCAAGCCCACCGCAGUGCUCUUGGUCUCGGACUGGCCCAAGCACCUCAACCCGGGCAAGAUGACGCCUGGUGCGUCGACGCCACCGGUCUGCUGCGCGUACGCCGGACCGCCCUGCGUCGAGCAGUCGACGGACGACGUGUUUGUGGCCGACCAGAGUCCCCAAAGCGGCCGCCAAAACCCCGACAUGUGGCUCAACGGCGGCGACGUCGUGGUGCCGCCGCCGCUGAGUCGCACCGAGUACAACGCCUCGUACGCGUGGCUUCUCACCCGCGUGCACACGGCUGUCACGUUGGCCAAUGCGACGCUCGUCGACUUUCAAAAGACGAUGGGCAUGGAGAUGACGUCUUCAUGA